GUGGUAAGCAUUAGUCGUGCACUUGACGAAGUGGCGAACGGUUUAUAAAGACGCGCAUUGUUAACGCAUACUUACAAGUUGAAAUAAGCGAAUCGUAAGCGGUGAAAGGAUAACAAAGGAUUUAAACAUAUUUAGAGGAUUAUAGUAAAGAGGAAAUAAUACAAAUAACAUAAACACGCAGUGAUGAAAUUCUUUGUUUUCUACGGCGCCGCUGUGGUGCUUUUGGCGCUCAACGCCUACGCUUCCGCGCCAACAAAAGCUGAAGCGCGCAUUAGAGUCGCAGUAAAGCCGAAACGCGAAGCGCCACUUUCCAGCGGCUACCAUGGACCAUCCUACAAGUAUUUACCACCUUCAUCUGCCGCAAUUGGCAGCAACUACAAUAGUUACAGUAGUCAUGGCAGCAGCAGCAGUGCGGCCAGUUUUGGUGCAAGCGGCAGCGCUGGCUUAGGUUAUGAUUAUGCGCACGCGAGCGCACCUAAAAUUGAGACAUACAUUGUGCAAACCGAGCCUGCGCACAGCGUACACAGCAGUGGUGGAAGUAGCGGCAGUCAUCACUAUACUGGUCAUGGCAGCGCAAGCCACAGUGCUGGUGGUGGCUAUCGUUAUAGCAGCGGCGCGGCGUCACACUACUCCAGCGCUGGCGCAGCAUUGCUGGGUCAUAGUGGCAUUAGCAGCGGCGGCGGCCACUAUAAGUAUCAAACGAAAGCGCGUCCACAUGUACAAACUUUGAUAUUACCCGCACAAACUUUAACGCAUGGUGCAGUUGGCAGCAGCAGCAGCAGCGGCGGUAUACAUAGCAGCGUCAAUCAUGGCAGUGGUUUUGGCGGUGCGCACGGCAAUUUCGGCAGCGUUGGCUAUCAGUAUGCGCCCACUUUUGGCAGUUCAUCGCACUCAACGGCGGGUAGUGGUUUUGGUGGCGCGCAUGGGUCCGCGUUUGCUGGCGCUCACUCCAGCGCUGGUGCAGCAUUUAGCGGUCACUCGAGCGCUAAUCUGGGCGGCCACUCAGUUACUUACAAUCCACAACAAGGUUACAGUUAUAACGGCCAUAGUGGUAUCAACGGCGCCGCCUUUGCAUUGGGCAACAGCGCUCAUGGCGCUCAAUUUGCUCAUGGCGGUAGUAGUGGUGGCGGUGCAACGAUUACGUUCAACAAUCAAGACGGUUAUAGCAAUCAAGAGUAUGCGUCGCAUAGUGCGCCCAGCAUACCAUCGACUAGUUAUGGCGUACCAGCUGGACCGGCGGUAGCCUCUUAUCAUGGCGGCGCUGCUGAUGCAGGUGGCAACUCUUAUCAUGGCAGCGCUGACGAAACACCUGCCUAUGCGGUGGGCCACAAAGGAUUGGGUCAUUUUAGUUUUAGCGCCAGCAAACCGCAUGCUUUGCAGAGCAAUUUUAUUUCGUCUGGCAAUAGUGUCGGUCACAGCGAACACUCGGGUAGAGCGCCCUUUAAGCCAUCCACCCUGUUGGGCACUAGUUAUGAGGUAUCCGGUCCGGCUGCACAAUAUUUGCCACCCACAUCACCUGGUUAUGAAUAUCAAUCGCAUGCUGUGCUGCAAGGCGGCGCUGCAGCAGCUGGGCAUAUAAAUGAACCGGACUCAGCGUACUUGCCACCGGUUUCAACACCCGGCGCUAGCUAUUUGCCGCCUCAACAACAUUGA